UGAGGCGCUCAGGAGCGACGGAGCAGGAGAACUUCAAGUGCAGCAUUCCAGUGAAUUUUCUGGGCAGUGUUCAGAAUCCUUUUCGCUUUCCAAAUUCCAUACUGGCUGAACACGGCACUUUCGUCCGUACUUCAGGUUGCAACUUCCCGCCCACUCGUCGCGCCAUAAAACCCCUUGGACCUGUUUGCUUGUUCCAUUUCUACACCCCGAAGAUAUUGAAAGUUCGAAAGAGUAUAGCGCUCCGACUCGUCCGUUUACAUACAGCGCCAGCUUUGGCCCUCGCAUCAUCAUCGCAUCGAGCCUAUUUCACCCGUAGUAUACCGCCGGCGAAAAGCGGGAUUGGACCCCCACCUUCAAUCCAUAUACUGCGAACAGUCAGAACCGACCCGUUUAUUAGCAUGUCCCUGAAAGGCAGAGCGCUUCUUCGCCGGCGGGUCGCGUGGGCACUGUGCAUCACUGCUGUCUUGGCAUUUACCGCUACCUCGUACAAAGUUCAGUCCAUAGCGCACUCUGGUGGGAUAUAUGGAGUCCGAAGCGAUGACAGAUAUACGCGAGGGAAAGGUUUUGCAGACCAGCUUCCGUUUCAGGGUGCCGAAUCACCCGCUGCCGCGGCCGUGGACAUCGACAUUGCCGAGGACGAUGCCGCGGGGGGACCGGGUUGGGGCAUCUUGAGCAAGAAGCUCAUGCGGCAGGUCGCCUCAGUUCUCCCAGCUCGCUACAUCAAACUUGAGGGCUUUCAAUAUUGCUCCAUAUUAAAUGGGGCGACCUUUGACGCGUUCACGCGUAUACAUCCACUAGGAGGGUCGAUCGCUGAGAUCAACCCCACCACCUCGGAGCUAGUGAAGUUACUGGACGAUACCGCCAUUGAUACCAAGCGCCGCUUGACAAAGCGGUAUAAGACACUCUACGAUGAGGACGCUGAUCGCUACGCCUGCUACGCAACAGCUGAAGGCGCCAACCCCUACGUCAACAUUUCGUCAGAACCCCUCCUGAAGCGCAUCGAUCCAUUAAACUACUACGGGAAGCUCAUUCCUUCCAUCGCUCCCCACGACUCGCUCAUACCAGGCCCACGACGCAAGUACAAGCUAGCAUACUUAAUGAUGAUUCACAAAGUCAGCACAUGGCAGCAAUUACAGGACAUGAUCGAAAUCCUGGACGACGGGAAUGCCAUCUUCCUGAUCCACGUCGACGUGCUAGCUACCGAGCUCUCUGCCACCGUGAAGGCGUGGAUCGAGGCCCGCGACAAGGCAGGGUCUGGGAAUGAUGUUGUCGGCACGCCAAGGCUUGGGAACGUCUUCCUUGCCCAAACGACCUAUGAGGGCAUGUGGGGCCAUGUUAGUCUCGUGUGGAUGCAGCUGAGCGGGUUUUGGGAGCUAUUGGAUUUGGCGGACUGGGAGUAUGUCAUCAAUCUUUCCGCGCAUGAUUGGCCCUUGCGGACGAGUCAGCAAAUAUAUGAGACCCUGAAUUCGACUAAGCACAAGGGGAUGGAGCAUAUCGAAUGGUGGACAGAUCCAGCGGAUAUCGCUGGCCGGACGGUACGACCGCACUUCGGUCGCAUGGAUAGACCUUCGAUCGAAUACUCGACCAUUCACCCACCAGAAGUUGGCUUAGCAUUCCCACCAUUGCCAAGUUGGAGUCUCUGCAAGCAGCAUCAGUGGAUGAUCCUGACAUCCGAGUUUAUUAGAGAUCUGCGAACCAACAUAGAUGGAUUGCACAUGCUGGCAUUCAUGGAGCACAUGUGGAUUCCGGACGAGGCAUACUUUUGCACAGUCAUCAGCAACCAUCCCUACUUUUCGCAUAGGGUGGUGAAAGACAAGAAGCGCUAUCUCCGCUUCAACGCGCAACAUCCGGCCCAGCUUACGAUUAAGGACAUCCAUCUUUUUCCGCCUGAAGAGCCUCGUGGGGCCGAAGCGAAGUACUUUUUCAUCCGCAAAGUCAACACGCAGGACUCGCCCGAGCUCGCAGAAUGGCUGAAGAACAACCAUAUCGACAAGCAUGAUCUGGCCAAGGCACCAGUGUCUCCGGAGAAGCUGGCUCCCGUGCAUGAUGCGAAUGUGGCCGCAUCUCCCCCAAGAAUGAAGCUUGACGCGGCGGACGCUCGGGAAAAGGCUGAACUAGGGAAGGAGACGGGGGAUGACAAGCAGGAAGCCGGGCUCCUGGAGCAAGAACAACCAAAGAUGCUGGACAUCAAAGUAAUGGCACAAGCGCAGCCGGCGAACUGAUCUGGACGAGAUUACAAGAGGCAGCCGUAGAUCCCCGGAGACCUUCCCUUGAACCUUUACUCCGGGAAGACGGGCUGUUUGUAUUUGUGUAUAAUGCAGCGUGCAGCGUGCAGCGUCUAAUCUAUGUAUAUACAGUGAACGUCACGAUUUUCUGGCUUAUCAAGGGAGAUGGUGGUUGUGUCCAGCAGGUGGACGAUGAGGUGGGCGGAAGACGUUAGAGACGUUGGAGCCAACGAUUGUUCGACGCA